UAAUCAAUUGAAUAAUCUUCAGUUUCACACUUGUGUCAUUUUGUCAUAUUAUAGGAAAUAAUCUGAAAACGUUUUGUAUUAAAAAAUAAAUAACAAUAAAUCGUUAUUAAUAACAGUACUACAUUAUUGUUCACACAUAAAUAUGCCGAAAAAAUUCGCUGGUGAAAACAGCAAAGCUGUCGCAGCUCGACAGCGAAAAGAAAAUGUGAAGCAAGAAAAAGAUCAAAAAAUAAAGAAAAUGAUGGAGGACGCCGAGUGGGACGACAAUGAUGACAAGCUAAAAAAGAAACAACAGAAAAAGGAGGAGCAGGAAAAAAAACGGCUGGAACAGCUACAGAAGAAAGCAGAAGCGAAGGCACUGCUAGAGAAAGAAAUGGAAUCUCUGAAGGCUGCUCCAAAGGUAGCUCCACCUCCACCCAAGAUUACAAGGGCACAAAUCGAGAAGAUGAAGGAGAAGAGCAUGAAGGUUGAGCCCGUGAAGCCUUCUAAAGUAGUGGUGGUAGAUGAGACCCCACUUGAGGAGAAUCUCAACAGAAUCCAACUUGAUGGUGAAGUGGCACAGACUGUUGAUGAGGCUAUCUCCAUACUUGGAGAGAAAGGUGGGGACUCUGACAGACACCCUGAGAAGAGGAUCAAAGCAGCUUACACAGCAUUUGAAGAGACUAACCUACCUAUACUAAAGGCUGAGAACCCAAGUCUGAGGCUGUCACAGCUCAAACAGAUGCUAAAGAAAGAAUGGACUCGAUCCCCACAAAAUCCAAUGAAUCAAAAAGUCUGAAUGACAUUUGAUUACCAUGCUAAUUGUUGCGGGCCAACAAGCGUGAGAAAUCUCUCAGCAUCAUAUGUACUCUCGAAAACUUCCAAUUUGUAGAUUUUUUAAUAUAAGGUGAAGUUUUACAAACAUUUGUAUAAUCAUUUACAAGUAUUAGACUAAUAUUAUGCAAGGUAAAGAAAAAAAAUCUUUGGAAAGUGUGUCUUAUCGAAAAUGUUGAGCAUUUGAUGAUGUUUUUAAGACAGGGAUUGAUGCUAAGGAUGUAGACCACCAUCUUCUAUAAUUUGCUCUAUAAAAGUCAUUUUCCUGUCCUGCUAUUUUUAGGUUAUUUGUUUAGUCAAGUCAGUCUGAUAACUGUAUAGAAAACAAUGAUGUACUGUAAUGUUAUUACUAAUUUAUUUCAUAAAAUGCAGUCUUACAUAUUAGGUCAUAAACAUUUUGUACUAGACUAUCCCAACACAUUGUAAAUAUUAAAUACAAUUAUUCUAAAUUCA